AUGCCGAUUGAAGAAGAAUUACCAAACAACCGCAAUAGCCAUCCUGUUAAAUGUUCAAACGGUGUUGAUGCACUAAAAGAUGAUAAACAAGAUUCUAAGGUUCAGAUAACCGAUACUUCAUAUGAAUAUGAUACAAAUUUGAACGAAAUUAUAGAAACAAUAUGUUGUAUAUAUCAAGAAGAAGAAAUGAAAGGAAAUUUUGGUAUUGAUAUUAUUAACUUGAUAGAUCAACUUUUAACAAGCAAGCAACAAAAACCAGAG